AUGCCGCGGCAGCGCUGGAACAACAGCGGACGCUGCGAGUCGGACAACUCGUACGCUGAUCCCUUGCAACAGCUCCUUGCACGCAACCUACAGAGAAAGGGAGCCGCAGCUGUGCUGAGCAAGAGGAGGGUGUCACAGCUUGCACGUCCGUCCUGCAUCAGCCCUGUUGCUCGAGAGGCGCGUCGCCGAAGCGAACUCAUGCGCUCGGCACAGGAGUUGAUGGAUCUGGAGCGAUACGAACGCCGCCAGCUGAUGGCAGUGGCGAGGAAUCGUUUUCACGUUAUGAUGUGCGCCUUCUUUGGAGCCGCCGUAAGGAAUAUGAUCGCAUGUGAGCUUAGCGAGCGAAAAGCGCUGUUCCGUGAAUGGCAGCAGGCACAGCGCGAUAUGGGGGCAUUAAUAGACCGUGAGUUCUCGAAGCUCACACCGAUGACGCCGCAUAAGUUCAAGGCAGUCUGUCGUCUAAUCCGUUCCGAGACUGUCAUGCGCAGGAGACUUCAAGUGACCGAAGCGCAGGACCGAGAUUUGUACGCGCAUUUUAUGUACCUCGAGCAACUGAAGGCACUGGGGAGCGACUUGAACGAGUACCGUCGCCGUAUUGCGCUGCAUUAG